CUAUCUAGUUAUGUCUCAGUAUGCUUUGUGAGCAUGUGUCUGCGUGUUUCUCUGAGCUGUUUCGGUGAGUUUCUCUAUGCAGGGAUUUGAGGACCACAUCUGAUUGGAAGUGAGAGGGACUGUCAGGACCUUUAUCUUACCCUUUGGAACAAGCACAUUGUUUCAUUUUGUAGGAUGCUGCUAAUUAAGGCUGAGGGCCAUCAUGGAGACUGGGGUAGAAGCCCAGUCCUCCCCCAGCACCUCCUGGCUUUGGUUUGGGCCAAACCUGUAUAUGGAUACACAAGUACCUUCCAUUCCCAAGAUCUGUGUCCACUUUUGUGAAAAAAGAGGGAGGGGUUAUUUGAUAGAUUUAUCUGGAAAUCUAACAGCCCUUAAGCCUAAAAGCCUCUAAUCCUGAGGGCCCCUGACUUUCACUUCCUGUGGAGUCAAAAUUCACUGGAAUCUGGAGGCUUUCGGGGGCAGUCCUGGGGAGGACAUUUUACAGCCUUGCAGCUUGGGAACUCCAGCCCAAAUGUCAGCCAUGACAAUUACCCGCCAGGAGGCGGUCUGAAGGAGAGUGGAGGAUGAGGUGCUCUCACUCCAGACGUGGAGCCUAAAAAGUUCAAGAUGGAAGUAAUAACAAAAAAAGUACAGUACUAAUCACAACAGCUACCAUUUCUCAGCAUCAGACACAAUAACUGUAUGAAACAAGUAUGAUUAUUAGGUCUGUUUUACAGAUGAGGAAACUGAGACUCAGAAAGGUGGAAGCACUUAUCUAAGGUCACACAUCCAGGAAGCAGUGUGUCCACGACUCCAGUCCAAGUGGUUAGGCUCCAGAGCCCACAGUCCCAGGAUCCAUGAUGCCGAGCUGCAAUCGUUUCUGCAGCUGCAGCCGCGGCCCCAACGUGGAGGAUGGCAAGUGGUAUGGGGUCCGCUCCUACCUGCACCUCUUCUAUGAGGACUGUGCAGGCACUGCUCUCAGCGAUGACCCUGAGGGACCUCCGGUCCUGUGCUCCCGCCGGCCCUGGCCCUCACUGUGUUGGAAGAUCAGCCUGUCCUCGGGGACCCUGCUUCUGCUGCUGGGUGUGGCGGCUCUGACCACUGGCUAUGCAGUGCCCCCCAAGCUGGAGGGCAUCGGUGAGGGUGAGUUCCUGGUGUUGGAUCAGCGGGCAGCCGACUACAACCAGGCCCUGGGCACCUGUCGCCUGGCAGGCAUAGCGCUCUGUGUGGCGGCUGGGGUUCUGCUCGCCAUCUGCCUCUUCUGGGCCAUGACAGGCUGGCUGAGCCAGGACACCAAGGCAGAGCCCUUGGACCCCGAAGCUGACAGCCACGUGGAGGUCUUCGGGGAUGAGCCAGAGCAGCAGCUGUCCCCCAUCUUCCGCAAUGCCAGUGGCCAGCCAUGGUUCUCGCCACCCGCCAGCCCCUUUGGGCAAUCUUCUGUGCAGACUAUCCAGCCCAAGAGGGACUCCUGAGCUGCCCACAUGGUCUAAGGAGGAGCCAGAUGUGGGUCCUGGAUCCUUCCCCCUUCUCACCACAACCCCUUCUCAGUGUUUCCCCGACUUCUCCCUUUUAGCAGGGUCCUUUUAGAGCCCAAAUCCAGGUCAAGUCUGGCGCUCAAAUCCCAGUGCUCCCUCCCCAAGGUUGGGGCCCCAGCUCUUCCAAGAUGCCAACCUUCCUCAAGUCUUCCCAAAACUUCCUACCCACACCCUCUUCCCAAGGCCCUUAGGGGCAGAAAACAUCUCCUUCAGCCCGUCCCCACUCCUUCCUCUGCAUGACCUUGGGCAAGCCCCUUGCCCUUUCAAACGAUCAGCUCCUGCCUCUCUGCCAUGAGGGCUUUGGAUCGGAUUCCUCUUCUUGCCAGGCUGAGGACACGCACUGCCCUCCAUAGACACAGAUGAAGGGGUGGGGGUCAUUCAGCUCGAAUGGGUCCCAGAUGCUCACUUGGACUUUCCCUGCAGGAUGUAUGAAGAUGUAUGCCUCUCACAGUGUGUCUUCUACCUGCAUUUUGGCAUCAGAGCCCCCCAGCCCACCCACCAUAGGCAAUUACUAGCCCCAGUUGAUAGGUGAGGUGGGUGAAGGAGGCUGGAGGUGACAGUGUCCAAGGUCACACAACAAAGCAGCAUGCAGGAACUAGAAACACAUCUUCAGCCUCCUCCUGGUCCAGCUCUUGUGCUACAGGUGGGGCAGAGCCAGCCCCACACCUUCCUGGUUCCCUGAGUGUCCUCAGGGUGGAGGACAGGUUUGGCCCAGAAAGACUAGCCAGAGGCCUGAUGUUCCCAGGUGGUUCUGGAUAUUCUUUGGAUACGGAUUUAAAUGGCCUCUAAGAGCCGGGGGUAGGGGGCAGGAAUAGCGGGUUGUCUUUGCCCCUCAAAGUCCACCUAUCUAGAAACCAAGCCCACAAGCCUUGGCCGUGAGCCUGAUAAUAAAUGUGCCCUCUCAGAGGCACCAGCCCCUCCCUCGCCAGCCGGAGGCGUCAUCUCUCUUCUGUACCACUAGAGGGAGCUCCGAUACGGCUGGAAAGCAGUACUCAAGGCUCUCGCCCACUCCCCUCCCUAACUUACCUUCAGUCUCCACCAGCCUGAAGGCCUCCUGGGGGAUCCUCAGGCCGCCCCCACCAGGGCACACCCUACUGUCCUUGUGCCUCACGCCCCCUCCUCAUCCUGCACCCCUUCCAUCCCGCCUUCCCUUUCAAUAAACAGUUGGGAUGGAUACUGA